GUAAAUGUGUAAUACAACUAUUAAUUAUGCCUUGUCUUCACACUGGCUUUUUUAAAGUACCGUUACAUGCGAAAUUAAAUUAAAGUAAAAAUUAAGAUUAACCAGUAUUACUUUUAAAACUAGUUUUUACUAUAAAUUCAUUUAUCCUGGGGUUGAGCCAAAUUUAAAAUGGAAUUACAAUUGCCCCAACAGCUGGAAUAUCCACUAAGCCAGCAAUAUGAUAUUCUUACCGAAUAUGCAAGUCCAGGCAACACAGAGGUUGCAAAACUAACUGAAAAGAAUGAUGAGGGUUUCUGUAACAAACCAAUUCAUAAUUGUACCCAGCGAAAAAGAAAAGUAUAUCCUAGUCCAGCAUGGCGGAGAGAUUCAACUAACCGUUUGCAGCGUAAACCACUUCGAAAGAGCACUUCUUUUGAAUCAUCUUUGAAUGAAAUUCGGGAUUAUGAUUUAAACGAGAGUACUGCAAUGGAUUCAUUAUUCAACUCAACUCAUAUAAACGACAGUUCUCCCCAUUGGCAGAGAAUAGAGUAUGAAUGUACGACACAGUUAAGGAAAGAUUUAAUGCCUGUACAAAAUCGUAAAAUUUUUAAUUCGACUAUGAAAAACGGCUAUCCGGGUAAAUCUAUGACUGAAACUAAUGCAAAUCCAGAAAUUUUGUCAAAUAUGGACCAAUACACCUCACCAGUCAUACAUCGGCGCAAUCACACAGGAAAACUUAAGAUUUCCAACAGUUGGAUAGAAUGGACACCAUUUUGGAAUAGAGAUGAAUACAGCAAACGUUUAGACCGUCGACAUUACAUUUCGGAUUUUUUUGACUUCUCAAUGGAUCUCAAUGAUUAUUAAUUAGUUAUUCUAUGUCGAAAGUUUUAUAAAGAGCUGCGCUCAAUAUUAUGUUUUAUCAUUUUAUAAAAGUUUUCAUUUUAUGACUUGCAAUUGCAUACUAUUUAAAUUUCAUGAUUUUAACAAUAAAUUUUAUAGGUUGAUUUUAACAAGAAAA